AUGCGUGCUGGCAAGUUCAGAACGGGCGAGCAUGCCCUGAGCAGAAGUUACCCAGAGCCUCGGUUUGCGCCCGGCAUCUUUGCGAGUAUCAAGACUGUCAGAAUCAGAGAUCACGACAUCAUGAUCAAUACCUUCCGCUCUGCGACGACCACCGCUGCCAAUACGACAGUUGUCGGAAUCCUAGAGACGGCGGCGCUGGUGUGUUCUGUCGAUCUCAUACUUGCAACGAGCCCUAUUGUGGUGCAUUUGCUCCAGGCACAGACCCAGAUGAUCCUCAACGCUUCUGCGAACGUCAUCGCCAAUGUCUAA